CCUUCGUCCGCUGGUAGCCUCAACCCUUGGGGUAAUCAGUCUAACACAUCAACGGCAUUCAAUCAUGUGUACUACACGCCUAUCUACAAUGGACUCGUUUCCACAAACGGAUCGCUGGGCUCUGCCCCUGCUUUCGCUAGUUUGCAAGCUGAGAUUUCUCCUUUCGCAACCAGCUUGACCGGUAAUCCGACGACUUUUCAUGAUCAUCCGACUCAGUUGUCGUCUCCUAUGCUCAAUCUCGGGUCGUCGCAACCUCACCGUACCCCCGCUCCGAUCGCUCCGAGGAGUUUGGCCAUCAGUCCAGAUAUUGGUAACUUUGUGUUUGAUGAAAACGUGUUCCAAGAUGGGGAAUUUGGAACCCAAAUGCCACUUCAAGUCAAUUUUAAUGACAUUGAUGACAUUUUCACGAACAUGGUUGAUGGUUCUGCAACUCACACAUUAGCUCAACCCAGUGGGGAGUCCAAUCAAGAGGCGCCUACUCCUCCCAUAGCCAGUGGCAGUCUUAUCAAUAUUGGUAUGAAUUAUCUGAUACAGCCGUCCGCAAUAGCUAGGGCUUUCUGCACUCAUCUAGGAUGCUUCGCAUUUUUCAAACGGGACUCGGACCGCAUCCGCCACAACACCUCGGUUCACGGUGUCAACCAGGGACGUCAUUUUUGUCCCAUUGCUGGAUGUGCCAAGAGCCAGGGCAUGGGCAUAGGAUAUUGUCGUUGGGAUAAAGUCAAGGAGCAUUUGUGGAAGAAGCAUGCCAACUUGGGUCAUGUCAAGGGUAGAGUGUGACGCUAGUCUGGGAUCAUGAAAGUCGGAAGUGGGCUGAGUCUAACGAUCAGAUCAUGUGGGGAAUUGGAUGAAGUGUGGACAUUUCCUAGUUAUGUUUGUGGUUGCUUGAGUACUCCUACAAUGCAAUACUUUGAAUUGAUUAUUCUAAUAGCAGUCCUCCAACUUGA